GGGCUAAGGGUCGGGGGCACCUCCCACCUCUGCCGCCGUUUUUUUGCACUGGAUUAAUGGAAACCAGAUUGUGCAGCCGGCAAAGAGCCUGGAAGCCAAAUCCUGCUGCUGGAGUCCCUCAGUCUGUAGAGCUGCUGCCUUGGGUCUCCUGCACGAAUCCUGGGAAUGGGCUCAGCCAUGGGUGCGUGGUUGCUGCUCUUGGUGCUGCUGGCGGCGGCCCCGGCACAGGCGGCAGCGCCCCGGCACCGCCCGGUGCUGCCGGACACGGCGGGCAGCGGCGACGGCGACGAGGCUUCAGCCACGCUGCCCGCCCAGCCCGUGACCCCCCGCAUCACCCCCACGGUCGGGGACGCUCCAGGGACCACGGUGACCAACAGCUCGGCGCCGGGCGUGCUGGACGGGCUGGUGGAUUUCUUCAAGGAGUACCUGCUGCUCGUGGUGGUGGUGGGCUCGCUGUCCUUCGUCCUCCUCUUCAUCAUCUGCGCCGCCAUCAUCGUCCGGCAGAAGCAUAAGGCCUCCGCCUACUACCCCUCCUCCUUUCCCAAGAAGAAAUACGUGGAUGAGCGGGACAAGUCGGGGGGAGGGCGGGCGUUCAGCGAGGUGCCCGAGAAAGCCCCCGAGGCCGGCGCGGAGGAGCCGCUGGACGGCAGCCGGCAGCUCCAGGCGGACAUCCUGGCUGCUGCCCAGAACCUCAAAUCCCCCCCCAAGGCACCGCUGGCCAACGGGGCCCGGGGCGAGCAGAAUUCCCCUCAGGAGGAGGAGGAGGAAGAAGAGGAAGGAAAGAAGUUGGGGGAUGAGCAACCCAAGCCCCCUGGCCAAAACCCAGGUGUGGAGGAAGGGGCGAGCGCAGGAAGCAAGGAGAGCCCUGAUGCAUCCCAGGAUGGCUCCCAGGCUCCCUCUGGAAUCUGAGGCAGGGACAGAGUCCUGGGCAAGCUGAGGAGCUGCUGGCUUGGGACACACGAUGGACAUGGUGGAUCAGGCUCUGUACGUACGUGGUGGCUCAAGGAAGCCCUGAUGAAGAUCCCAUUGCCCCCAUCUCCCAUGACCCUGGUGCUGAGGGGGGGGAUUUGCCAGCUGGUGGUUUUCCCCAGCAGUGGAAUGCUGUCAGCCCCAGCUCCUGCUGCCGAAGGGGCUUUUCCCACCCCAGGCACUGUGUGGGUGCAUCCCCCCAGCUCCAGCUCUGCCCCCACUGUGCCACCAGUUUCCUCCCAAACGUUAUUUUAAUCAGCAGCAGCAGCCUGGUCCGUGCCAGGCGCCUGGCUGGGAGCUGUGUCCCUCUGGGAAAAGGGAUGGGACCAGGGCUGGAGGUCUGUAGGACACGGGUGAGCUUUGCCCAUGGCCACCCAAGGGAAAGAGGGAUGAGGAUUUAGGGACAAGGACCCUCCUUUCCUUCUUUUACCCCAGAGCCCAGCUGGAUUUUUGCAUUUCCUGAAUCCCUUCAGCUAGAAAUAAACGUCUCCUCCGC